UUGUCCGCCACACGUUGUUUCUGCCCGCGAACGAGUCAUCACUCUCCCGCUGAUCGGCGAGCGAACCCCAAUUAUCUGAGCGGAGACGGCGACGGAGAUGGCAUGCCUGGCGUCGCUCCUCUCCCCUCGCCUCUCACUCCCCCCUCACCGCCCUCUCCUCCCUAUUCCCGCUCGUCGCCAACCCUCUCGUCUCUCCUCCUUCGGCGGCCUGCGUCUUUUCGCGCCUUCACUUCGGUCCCGCUUCGAUCACGGUCGCGAAGGGCUAUCGCCGACCUUCAGGGCUGCCUCCGACCAGCAAGGUGAGGUUCCGGGUGACGAGGUCAUUGAUAGCAAAAUCUUACCAUAUUGCAGCAUAGACAAGAAAGACAAGAAGACAUUAGGAGAGCUUGAGCAAGAAUUUCUGCAAGCUUUACAAGCAUUCUAUUAUGAGAAGAAGGCAAUUAUGUCAAAUGAGGAAUUUGAUAAUCUUAAGGAAGAAUUAAUGUGGGAAGGAAGCAGUGUGGUCAUGCUAAGUCCAGAUGAACAGAAGUUCUUGGAAGCUUCAAUGGCCUAUGUGUCUGGAAAUCCCGUACUGACAGAUGCUGAAUUUGAUUUGUUGAAGUUGCGAUUGAAGAAAGAAGGGAGCAGUAUUGUACAAGAAGGCCCACGAUGCAGUCUUCGUAGUAGAAAGGUUUACAGUGACUUGAAUGUUGACUACUUCAAGAUGUUCCUGCUGAAUGUGCCUGCAGCUGUCAUUGCUCUUACACUGUUCUUCUUUCUAGAUGAUUUGACUGGCUUUGAGAUCACUUAUCUUUUGGAGUUGCCUGAGCCCUUCAGUUUCAUCUUCACAUGGUUUGCUGCUUUACCACUAAUAUUUUGGUUAGCACAAGUAAUCACAAAUGCCAUCUUGAAAGAUUUUCUCAUCUUGAAGGGUCCUUGCCCAAAUUGUGGCACCGAAAAUGUUUCUUUCUUUGGGACUAUAUUGUCAGUGCCUAGUGGUGGUUCUACAAACACGGUCAAAUGCUCAAACUGUGGCACAACAUUGGUGUAUGACUCCCGUUCACGAUUGAUUACACUCCCAGAGCCAAGGGAAGCAUAAAGUUUCAAGAAUAAUCUUGCAGAAGAGCAACUUGAUGGUAAGGGUGCUGCAUGUCGAACUCCAAAUUCCCUUGAUGUAUAGUAUCGGAGAGAUUUCAUUGAACUAUUGCCGGUCAAGAUAAGUUUCUUCGGCACAAUUGUAUAUAAACCGACACUGUUAAAACUCUAGUUUUCUGCUACAGUUGCUUCAGUAGAUGAAUAAGAUGUAAAUCGACCAAAUUUCCUGAUGAUUAUCUAUGUAAUUCUUUGUUAUAUAAAAGGAUCCAAAGAAGAAAAGCUUUCUGUCA